CCUGCUCUUGUUCCAUCUCUCUCUCUCUCUCUCUCUCUCUCUCUCUCUCUCUCAAAAUAAAUAAGUAAACUUAAUAAUAAAUGAGUAGUUACUUUGAUGCUACUCAUAAAACAAGGGAGUAAACCAAAUGUUCUGUGAACAUCAAAUGUUAAAUCCUAAUAACCUUCAAUGUCUUCUUUGGGAGGCUCAGCUGCCCUUUGGAGUUUAAUACCUUACAGAGAGGACAGGGUGGAGCAAAAAAAUGGAAGAUAAGGUCAAGGGAAAAAUUUUGUCUUGAGUCCAAACUGUGCCCACCUUUACUGCCCCUUUGUGUUGAUGUCAUCCUUUUCAGUGUACUCCAUGUUCUGGCAAAACACCCCACAGCCCAGCCUUAGCUGUAUUAACUACACCUUUGCAUUGCUCUUUUGGCGCCGACCUCCCUCCCUGUCAGUCUUCUUGUCAUGCUCUUUCCUCCAGGUGCUCUUUACUAACGCUGCUAUGUGAAAACCAAUGGUGGUUGUUCAAUAUGGAAUGAUUUGUCAAUCCUGAAGGAUGAUUCUAAAGUUAAUGAUCAAAAACUACCAACAGGUCUUAGAUGAAAGGACAAGUUAAAGAAGUACAAGAAACUAUUGUGGAAUUUGAAAGUGGAGUUAUUUGACUAGGGAAAAAAAGCAGACAUUGACUCCCCACCCUCCCUUCCUCCAACUCACUCAUCACUGUUCCACAGAUAAGAAUUUCAAGAAAAUCAGAUGGCAUCCGGGGAUUUCUGCUCACCUGGAGAAGGAAUGGAAAUACUCCAACAAGUGUGCAGCAAACAGCUUCCUCCUUGUAACCUGAGUGAAAAGGACCUGUUACAAAACCCACACUUCAGCAAGCUGCUGCUGAGUCUCGCACAACACGUAGACGAGAGUGGCUUAAGCCUCACCCUGGCAAAGGAGCAGGCUCAGGCAUGGAAGGAAGUUCGACUGCAUAAAACAACAUGGUUGAGGUCUGAGAUUUUACAGAGAGUCAUUCAAGAGCUGCUUGUGGACUACUAUGUGAAGACACAAGACACAAAUUUAACUUCUGAGGACAAAAAGUUUCACGAGACCCUUGAACAGCGGCUACUUGUGACUGAACUGACGGGGCUGUUAGGGCCCAGCCGGGAGAAGGAAAUGCCUCCACUGCUAGGGGUGGAGAAAGCCGACCUUCUGGAGCUCAUGCCCCCCUCAGAGGAUUUUGUGUGGAUGAGAGCUCGGCUCCCACUGGAAGUAGAGGAGCAGCUCAAGAAGAAAUGUUUCACCCUGCUGUGCUACCAUGACCCCAAUUCAGAUUCAGACAGUGAAACCUUGAAGGCGGCAAAGGUGUGGAAACUGGCAGAGAUCCUGGUGGGUGAGAAGCAGCAAUGCCAGGAUGCCAAGAGCCAGCAGCAGGAGCAGAUGGUGCUGCUGGAGAAGAAGAGUGCCACCUACUCCCAGGUGCUUCUCCGCUGCCUAGCCUUGCUGCAGAGGCUUCUUCAAGAGCACCGGCUUAAGACUCAGUCUGAGCUGGACCGCAUCAAUGCUCAGUACCUAGAGAUCAAGUGCAGUGCCAUGAUCCUUAAGCUGAGGAUGGAGGAGCUAAAGAUCUUGUCUGACACUUACACUACUGAGAAAGUGGAAGUUCAUCGUCUCAUUAGGGACCGUUUGGAGGGGGCCAUCUGCCUACAAGAGCAGGACAUGGAGAAGUCCCGACAGGUCCUAAGCACCUAUGAGGUCCUUGGGGAGGAGUUUGACAGGCUGGUAAAAGAGUACACUCAACUCAAGCAGGCAACUGAGAACAAGCGCUGGGCCCUCCAAGAGUUUAACAAGGCCUGCCGCUGAGCGCUGGCUGGUGGGGGUCUGGAGGUGGACUUCUGCUCCGGUGCUGCCUCCCCCUCCUGCCAAAAGGACCACCUCCACCUGAGGCCCACCUUCACUCCGGAAGUGUGGGGACACUUGCUUGAAGCCCUGCAGUGGUUUAGGCACCGUCCUGGUUUUUCUUCCUUGUUUACAGUGACUGAGUCUCUUCUGGGAAAUGUAACAGAUUUAUAUAAUUUUAUGUGCAACUGUUUGUCAGUGUCAGCCCUAUAGGAUAUUUGAUUACCUCCUGAAUAAAGUGAUGAUGCUUC